AUGUCGGCUCCUCUCACCGUCCGCAAUCUGUCGUCCACCCCAAUUGAACUCAAGCUGAUUGAGCGGUUUGGACCCCCAGGCGGCGAGGAGGAGCAUGGCAUCGGCCACAUCAAGAAGUUCGGAGCCCUCGCGAAGAACGUCACGAGUGUCUUCAGCGAUACCGAGUCUUCACCGCCGAAGCUCGCAGACGACGCUCAGAGCUUCGCUCGUCAAGACGUCAACAUACGCAUCGAGCCAUGGACGACGCAGCAUACGGACAUCGCUGCUUCGGAGAGAGGGCCAGGGGAGGUGCUGCGGCUGACUUUUGAAGCUGAGGGACAGCCAUACCGUAUAGACACGCCGACGCCGAACCCUCGAUCUCAGGUCCUUGUACCUCUUGUGCCGGACCCUCGACAUCAGUAUACUGGCGUCUUCAUUCCCAGCGAGACAUAUCUAACGCUAUACUCCUCGAUGAACUUGAACUGCUGGAUGAGAGAGUUCAAGGACGAGACACCGCUGUCCGGGCUCUCAAUACCCGGCACCCACAACUCGCCGACUCAUCACCGCGCUUUGCCUUCCGUACGAUGCCAAGCCGUAUCACCCCGCGAGCAGCUCGAAAACGGCGUGCGUUUCUUCGACAUCCGCGUCCAGCCCGGCGACCCAGAAGACCCCACGAAAGACACCCUCAUCCUCGUCCACGGCGUCUUCCCCAUCUCGCUCUCCGGCAACAAAUACUUCCGCGACCUCGCCAACGACACGCUCGAGUUCCUCGACCGCAACCCGUCCGAGACGGUGAUCAUGUCCAUCAAGCGCGAGGGCCCAGGCGAGCACACAGACCAGCAGCUCUCCAUGAUCAUGCACGACCACUACUCCAUGGACGGCUCGCGCUGGCACACGGCACCCUGGAUCCCGACGCUGGGUAAUGCGCGCAACAAGAUCGUCCUGAUGCGGCGCUUCGCGCUCGACGACCGGCUGAAAGGGGAGUACGGCGGGCGCGGCUGGAACAUCGAUGCCGAGAAUUGGGCGUACAACACGCCCAACGACACGCACGGCGAUGUCUGCGUUCAGGACUUCUGCGAGGUCCUCGAGACUGAGAAUAUCGAUAUCAAGAUCAAGUACUCCGCCGAACAUCUCGAGCGCGCGGCUCAGAUGACGUGUCCUAUCCCGGGCAUCACGACUGAUGCUGUGAAUCCUGUCCCGCCUGGGCCGUUUUACCUGAACUUUUUGAGCGCGAGCAAUUUCUGGAAGGUUGGCUGUUGGCCGGAGAAGAUCGCACAGAAGCUGAAUCCGACCAUUGUUGAGUUUCUGUGCACGAAGCAUGCGGAGGGUGUGGAUGGGGACGGCUCCACGGGGAUCGUGGUCUGCGAUUGGGUUGGUGCCAACGGUGAUUGGGAUCUCGUGAGGUGUAUUGUCGGGAUGAACUCGAGGUUGUUGAUGAAAGAGAUGGGACAGUAG